UUUUUUACCUCAUGGAAAGUACUCUUCAGACCGUCAAACUUUGAGAAAAUGUUCAUUUCAACAGUUUGGAUGUAAUGCAUAACUUGAACCUAAAGUACAUUGACAAAACAGUAACUAUAGAUAAGGACAUCUGGUUUCUCAGUGAAGAGCUUGGAAUCUGCUAAAAAAGUCCCAAAGAAAGUGCUCUCCAGAGUCCAGGCACAAGCAGAUCUUCACCAGCUCACUGAAAGACACAUACAUUGGGCUGGGCAAGAAUGGAGACUUUGCAGGCUACUUUUUUUUUGUUUGUGUUUGUACCUUUGGUAAAUCCAGCACCACCUCUGCAGCAAGAAUCCCUCCAGUUUUAUGAGUAUGAUACAGAUGUUUCCAUGGGAAGCCUGACCCAACAAGAUUAUGAAAUGCAAUCCAAGGAUAUAAGAAAGGAUGGAACAAACAUUUCUCUUGACACUUCCCUAAUGCUGCAAAGCGAUGACAGCCAACUCGAUGUCCCACCAACAAAGGACACAAACCUGCCCACGUGUUUGCUGUGCGUGUGCCUGAGCGGCUCUGUGUACUGCGAGGAGAUCGACAUCGAGGCUGUGCCCCCCCUGCCCAAGGAAACCGCUUAUCUUUAUGCUCGCUUCAACAAGAUCAAAAGGAUUGCAGCCUCAGACUUUGCUGACAUUACUACCUUGAGAAGAAUUGAUUUUAGUGGAAAUAGGAUAGAAGAAAUAGAAGAUGGAGCCUUUUCAAAGCUUCUGCUUUUGGAAGAACUUUCUCUUGCUGAAAAUCGACUUGUAAAACUUCCUGUUCUACCUCCCAAACUAACAACAUUUAAUGCAAACCAAAACAGAAUCAAGAGCAGAGGAAUCAAAGCAAAUGCUUUCAAGAAGCUCACAAAUUUGGCCUACCUCUACUUAGGACACAACGCACUGGAAUCUGUUCCCCUGAACUUACCAGAGAGUCUGCGCAUUCUUCACCUUCAGUACAACAACAUCACCACCAUCACGGAUGACACAUUCUGCAAGUCCAACAACACGCGCUACAUCCGCACGCGGAUGGAUGAGAUAAGGAUGGAGGGCAACCCCAUCGUCCUGGCCAAGCAUGUCAAUGCCUUCUCCUGCCUGAGGAUGCUGCCCGUGGGAACGUACUACUAGCACCGCUCGUGUCACUCCACAUGCCAGACCCAGGCAUGGUAACAACGAUCACUUCUUCCUCUGUUUACAAGUUCAUAUCCUCUCCCUUGCUAAUGCUCUUUUCCCUGCAUACCCAGGACCUGCUGCUAUGUUGCACCAUUCUCCUCUGAAAUAACCAUUUCAAACCAGUCACUUUAGUAGUUAUGGUGUCCCUCACGCUUUCAGAAUCUUUUCUGUUAAUGAAAGCGUAAAUAUAUAUAUAUGCACACACAUCAUCUAAACUUUUAUCUCACCAUGUACCCUUUAGGUAAAAUCCCACAAAACUGCUUGUUUUCAUUCUUUACCAGCACUCAGAACAACCACCACAUUUUACUUUCAGAUAAAUGCAAGAUACUCUUUGAGCAAGUCAAAGAGGAAAAAUACUUCUGAAUUCCAAUCCCACUCUUUUAAUCUGGAGUGAUAUCUUUUCAGUUGACCUUCAAAGGUGUAUUGGAUGAAGAUGCAUAUGAGAGAAAGUUAUGCUUAGAAACAGAACUUCUCAAAGCUUAAAUUCAUUAAAGUUUCUUUUAAAAUUUGAUUUGUGGUAAAUGAGAACAACUCCCAUUUAGGUUUAGUAAACCAAGCAACUGGAAGUUUGCAAAGAUGUUUUAGAUUUCCUCCUACUAUUUUGUUUUGAAAAGAACAUGUGUUUUAUUUUUCCACAAUGUAUUUUUAAGUGAAAUAUGUAUGUUUUGCUGAGCUGUUCUCACAAGAGCUGUUUUUGCAACACCAACUUCCUAUUUUAAAGCAACAGUCUAUGCACAGCGUAAUAGACUCAAAUAUAUUAGUUAUUGACUAAUGAUGUAGACCAAGCCUUGGUUCCACAGCUUCUCCUGACAGGAAAUGUGACAAUAUGGUUAAGAGCAAAGCUGAAUUCAUAUGUUUACCUGUAAAUAAGUAUGAUUUCAUCUAGAUGUCAGAAAAGAAAGAGAACUACCCUUCUACAACAAUAGUUCUGAUCAUUAGGGAAAAUCAACACAGACAUUGGAAUUAAAAAGAAAAGUUGAUUCCAUCAUUAAUCUGAAAUGAGAGGUAACUUCGUACAUUUCACUCAACUACUUGAACAUAUGCAGCAUAUUAAAAACAAGUUGACAUGUGCAGGCCUUGACACUCAGUUCAUCUAAAACUGGCCAUCAUUGAUAAAGGGCACAAUGUUUUUAAUUCCACAGCUGUACAUUCCUGACAUCCAGCUUCUCUCCUCCAAUACCUACCACAGAUGUAAAGCAAACAGACAAAUGAAUGCCAAAGGUGUGCUAGUUACUAUUAUCACAUCAACUUUGUACUAAUUUUGAAGCUAGUAUAGAUUCCUAAUUUGUAGAAAUAGUUAAGCAUCAAAUGCAUGAUGAUGUGUCACUACAUCUAGAAUACUGAUUUUAUAAGAUAUUUUGUAUUAGUUUUAUUUAUCUUAUUUAGCUAAGGCUUGAUUUGUUAGUGCUUGUGCUUUGGGGAAUUGAUGUCCACUUUUUUCUGAACACAUAGUUUUGCCCUGAACCCAUUACCCAAGAAAAACAACAAUCUCCAGUAUUUUCUACUUUAAGUUGUUUAGCGUAACAAGAAGGAAAUUCCAUUGUCUUAAUUGAGAACAAAACCAAGUCCUGCAGCAAUACUUGGUUUUCAUUUUUCCACAUAAAUCAUAAACCUUUGAUGUUCCCAGGUUUUUAGCUAAACGUAAAAAACAACUUCAAAGCAUGUAAAAAUAUAUUCCUACGUCAAGCCAAAUUUCUAUCUGGAAAGAAUUAAACCCAUCAAUUCUCUCACGUCUCUUGUGAUAAAUGCCUAAGAUGGAAAAAACACAGUUAUAAGUAUGAUAAUGUUACAUAAGCAGCAGUCUCUGAUCUUAUUCUCAUCACAAAUCAUUGCUACUAAAACUCUAUCCAGUAUUAAUAUGAUCAGUAAAUAUUACCAAAAAUGUGUAUACACAAAUAAAUGCAUAUUAUUCUAAUAUACAGACAUGUAAACAAUCUAAGACCUACCCACUGCCACACAAUUAAUUUUGCAUUAAAAUGUUGUAUAUAUUUUUGAAACCUACUAAUUAUCAUCAGUAAUGCUAAUUAAUGCUCUUAACACUUUGUGCGAACCAAAGUAGACUAGUGGUACUUUCUGAAUGCCUCAUGCAGGCUCCAAGUUCUCUGAUGUGUUUUACUUCACUUUCCCUAUUCACAGCAAGUUAAUCACAAACAUGAAGUGAGAAAAGCUUCAGUAGGGAGGAUUUCCACCUCCUAUUUGUGUGACCAGUACUAAUAUCAAGCUGAAUGUAAACUGUUCUGUUUUUUCCUAUCACUCAUUUCUGUUCUGUAUUUCCAAUAAAACUUGAAUUUUUGUCCUUGUUUAUCA